AUGGGGAACAUACUGAUGUGUUGUUGUGUGAGCCCCAGGGUCAGCCCUGAGUUGGACCAACACCAGGGGUCAGAGUGUCCUGCUGAGUCCGAAAUCUGUGAGGCCGCAGCUGAGGACACGGUAGCAGCAGCGCCCAUGGCUGCUGCUGCAGAGCCUGCCGAGCUGACUUUUGAAGCUGGUGAUGGCCUUCAUGUGCGCCAGAUCUGUGACCAGGAGAUGCCUGAAGAUUUGGCUUUGGAGUCAAACCCUUCUGACCAUCCAGAAGCAAAGACAUCUCAAACAGACAUACAAGAAAUAAGAGAAAGUGACUCUGCAAACCAUGUAUUUACUGAGCAUUUGACUCAAAAACAUAGUUCAUGCUCAACUAUAUUCAUUGAUGACAGCACAGCCAGCCGCCCUCAUUUUACAAUGACACUAAAAUCUGUGGCCAUGGCAAUAUAUUAUCUUAUCCGGCACAGAGAUGGAGAUAGAACUUUGGACAUAUUUGAUGAACGGUUGUACCCGCUGACACAAGAACAGUUUCCAGAGGAGUAUUUUACGUAUGAUCCUAGACACAAAGUGAUUUUCAGAUUUGUUCGUACUCUGUUUAAUGCCAAAAUGCUAAGAGCUGACUUAGCAAUCAUAAUUUUGGUAUACAUUAAAAGACUUGUGCGUAAUGCGGAUAUCGAUGUUUGUCCAACCAACUGGAAGAGGAUUAUCUUAGGAGCGAUUCUUACUCUCCUCAAGGCUGGGAGUGGAGAGGCUGUAUGCAUUGAUGACUACUGCGAGCUCUUUGAAAACCUUACAGUUGAGGAUAUGAAUGAGUUGGAAAGGCAAUUCUUGGAGCUAAUUAAUUAUAAUUUCAACGUUGCUGAAAGGGUUUAUACCAGACACUACUUCCAUCUUCGUUCCUUGGCACGUGCAUGUGGCCUGCGUUUGCCAGUUUACCUUCUUGAGAGAGAAAGAGCAUGGAAGCUGCAGGCUUUUUCAAGGAUGGAACGAGAUGAAGUUUUCCAUACUGCCCGUAAGAAGAGGUCUUUCAGUGUUGAUGAUUUAAUUCAUCUUCAGCGGGCUAAGGCCAUCCUCUCCUGA